UGGUUCUAGAGCUGCGUAGUGAAGCAAGAGGUAACAGCCUUUGGGAGGAUGCAGGAACUUCACUUCCUAGCGCGAUCAAAAUGACCGUACCCCGGUUCACAGACCACUGACAGCGUCCGUUCACAGACUCUCUCUAACCCGCACACAGACUCUCUCUAACCCGCACACAGACUCUCUCUAACCCGCACACAGACUCUCUCCAACCCGGACCAGCACCAUGGACCUCAGUGUUCUGGAGGCUCUGGAGAGAGACAAAGUUCUGGAGGUUCUUCAGAGGGACAAAGUCCUGCGCUCUUUAGAGGAAGAAAGGAUCAGGAAGAUGAAGUCGGAGCUGCAGGAGAUCCGGCGGAAGGGCGCUAAGAGUUUUGCGCGGCAGUACAGCGAGCGGACGUGCGCGCGGUGCCAGAGGCCGCUGGGAAAGCUGUGGAACUGCGGCGCCACCUGCCGCGGCUGCAGCCACCGCAUCUGCAGCCGCUGCCGCGUCGCCAUCACCGCGCGCGACUGGAAGUGCACCGUCUGCCACGCCUACCGGGAUGUGAAGAUUAAAUCUGGCGAAUGGUUUCUGGAAGAGAGAGCGAAGAAGUACCCAGGUGUUUCAGACAGACAUGAGACCACUGGAGAAAGAAUACUGAAGUCCUACCGAAGCCUCAGUAAUAUUGCCAUCGUACCUCCGACCCCUCCCCCUUUCACUCAGACUCCAUCCUUCAACCGCUCAGGGGGGCUGCAAACAUCCAGACCUUUCACCAAAUCCAUGGAGAACCUGUUUGUGUCUCUGACGUCUCAUAUGAAGAAGAUCUCCAAGUCGCAGAACGAUGUCAACGCAGAGCAGACCCUGCUCACCACAGACUCCUGCUCCUACAGGAAGGAGAGGCGGAGCCAGUCUGACACCGCCAUCAACUGCCCAUUUGAGGUGGGCGGAGCUCCCAGCCUCUCGGAGCUCGUCCGGCAGGCGAGGGCCCAGGAGGGGGCGGAGUCCAGCCAGGCCUGCACUGACGAUGACACGUAUCAGGGGGCGGAGCUUCAGCUGGAAAAGAGGGGCAGCGUUGGGAGCAUUGGCGCGGGACUGGGGGGCCACGACCCAAACAGCAGCAGGGCGGGAGACAUCGAGCUCGCUCUGGGGUACAGUGGCAGGACGUCCUGUCUGGAGGUCUCUGUGAGAGCCUGCAGGAACCUACCCUACGGGGACGCCAAGAGGAAGAAGUGCCACCCGUGUGUGAAGCUCCACCUGCUGCCGGACGGAGGCAAACAGAAGACUGCGGUGAAGAGGAACACCACAGAUCCUGUUUUUAAGGAAACUUUAGAGUUCAAGAUGGAGCGCCCCCUGCUGGCCAGCCGGACCCUGCAGGCAUCGGUGUGGCACUCGGGGACCCUGAAGAGGAAGGUGUUCCUGGGGGAGGCGCUCGUGCCCCUGGGGGGCUGGGACUUUGAGGAAGACUCCGCCCGAUGGCUCCCGCUGUGCCCCCCAGCACAGACGGGCGAUCUCCAGAGCAGAGGUCCCGUGGAGCAGCAGAGCAGAACCCUGCAGAUUAAAGUCCGAUUCUCCUCCUCCCCUCCCGCCGCGCAGGAGCCCAGGGCCGCGCCUCCCUCGAGAGGAGGAAGCCUCGUGGGGCAGCUCGCCGUUCAGGUCACAGGGGCCACAAACAUGGCGGUGGAUAAAUCACCUGGAGCUGUACACUCAUCUGUGAAAGGGGUCCUGGCCCUCCCUGGAGGGGUACAGCUGGCCCAGGAGUCCGGGGUUCAGAGCCGGAGUUCGGGGUCCCCCUGGGACCACAGCCUGGUGUUCAGCGCAGUACCCACAGCCGGCCUGCAGGGGGCCUGCCUACAACUCAGCCUGUAUGACCACGCCCCCUUGGGCCUGAAGCCACGCCUCCUGGGCAGAUCCACGCUGGAGGAAGGGUUGUCAUGGCAGCGGGUCCAGCAGACCCCCAACACGUGGCACGACUUCGGCUUGCCUUUCCUGGCCAGCGACGCCGUCCAGAGAACCUGAGGGCAACGUUGUGCAAACGCUGGGAGAACCUCAGGGCAACGUCGUGCAGAACAUUUUAAUAAACCGAACAUCUGGAUGCAGACCGUCGCUGGUAUGGAGCCCAAGCCAGAGGCCAAUCACACACUUUCAUUCUGCAAGACAUUACCCCACCACCAAACAAGCAGAGCCAACGUUCCCACCCCCCCCAAGACAAGCCCACCAAACAUACCCCCCCGGAAAAGCGACGCAAAACUUAGCCCUACAGUGAACUUCCUGCUGAACAGAGGGACCGUUAUACGUGUAGCACAGAGUCCUGCCUGUUGAAAGAGCACACAGGAUGUCCCCUCACUGCCCUGCUACUGAACGGCUUCUGUUGUGCUCUUCUCUAGUGAAUGCUGCAUCUCUCCACUCUGUACUGGCCGUGCUCCGGCAGCAAUUUCCUAAAAAUAAACCCUCUGUUCUGCCUGCUUAACGUUGCUCCACCCGUAUCAGCACCCACAGCAAGCUGGGCUCCUGCGCCCGAGCGCUCUGUACACCCGGGCUAAAUAUCCCUGUUGUGUUUCAUGUUUCAUGUUCUUACUUCCAGCUACACUUGAGUGGAAAGAAGUUUGAGGGAAGGGCACUCUCCUUCAGUACCAAAACCAAUACAAUACCAAAGCUCAUUUCCCAGUAUGCAUUUCCCACUGAGCACACUGUACUGAGGUCCCCACAAUGCAUUUCUCACUGAGCACACUGUACUCAGGCACUGUUUGUUGUUGUAGGUCUUUAUUGCCAAUAUGUUUCUCACCUCAUUAAAAAUAAAACCGGUUCAGGUCCGACCCGUGGCAGAA